CACACACGCUCCACUCUGCAUCGCUCGCCACAGCAGCACAGCCAGGCAGUCGGACUGCGCGCGGGACUCGAGCGGUGUGGCAGAGCAGUGGCGUGAAAGUGCAGAAAGAGUGAGACAGCAAGAGAAAGAAAGAGAGAAGGCACGGAGCAAUGGAGAUGGAGGAAAGCUUUGAUGCGGAGGGCAGUUUUGAUGAUGCCUCCUGUCUCUCCCCUCAGAGCCCAGGGUCCACCUCUCCGGCCAGGAGGCAGAAUAAGGAGAAGGAGAUCAAGGAGACCAAAAUCACUAUCAACUGCGUCACCUUCCCUGUGUCCACGUCUGCGCCGGAGCAGCAGCUUCUCAAGCCCAGCGAAUGGAGCUACUGCGACUAUUUCUGGGCCGAUAAGCGGGACCCUCAGGGGGCCUCAGUGUCAGGGUUUGAGGUGCUGCUGCAGAAACAGCUGAAGGGGAAGCAGAUGCAGAAAGAGAUGGCAGAGUUCAUCAGAGAAAGGAUAAAAAUAGAAGAGGAGUAUGCCAAGAACCUUUCCAAACUCUCCAUGUUCCCAAUGGCAGCACAAGAGGAAGGGACUCUUGGAGAAGCUUGGGCUCAACUGAAGAAGAGUCUAGCUGAUGAAGCCGAUGUCCAUCUCAAGUUCUCUUCAAAGCUCCAGAGUGAAGUCGAGAAGCCUUUGCUGACCUUCAGAGGAGACAACUUUAAAAAAGACAUGAAGAAAUACGACCACCACAUCGCUGACCUGAGGAAGCAGCUGGUCAGCCGUUACGCUGCUGUGGAGAAGGCACGGAAGGCUCUAGCGGACAGACAGAAGGACCUCGAAGUGAAAACACAGCAGCUUGAGAUCAAAUUGAGCAACAAAACAGAGGAGGAUAUUAAGAAAGCCCGAAGGAAAUCCACACAAGCAGGUGAUGAUCUGAUGCGCUGUGUGGACCUUUACAAUCAGGGUCAGUCAAAGUGGUUUGAGGAGAUGGUCACCACAAGCCUGGAGUUGGAGAGGUUGGAGGUGGAGCGGGUGGAGACGAUACAGCAGCUUCUGCGUCAGUACACCACACUGCGGCAUGAGACGGACAUGUUCAACCAAAGUACGAUGGAGCCGGUGGACCAGCUCCUGCAGAGUGUGGAUCCUGCCAAAGACCGAGAGCUCUGGGUGAAGGAACACAAGACGGGGGAUCUGAGACCUGUGGACAUGGACAUCUAGACAAAACACACAAACGUACACAUGCAUUAAACUACAGUAUAUGAAUCUACCUGCAUGCCUGUCUACCUGAGUACUUCAACCUCUCAGCCAAAGCCAUACAGGUAUCACCCCUUGAAGCACUGCUUGCUUUGUGGAUCUCCACUGAAAAUAUUAGAUAAUUACAACCUCAUAGCUUUAUAGGAGAUUUUUUUUUUUUUAAUGUCAUGUGGAACCAGUGGCGGGAACGGACAGCAGCACAGCAGGCGCGUUAUGAUACCGAGUAGCCAUCCAUAUAAUCCUGCAUGUCCUCUGAAUAAGAUGCUACUUAAGACUUCCCGGUAUGUCUGUUAUUCAUGACAUACCAUUCACUGAUAUAGAUCUGGACGAACACUGUACAGUAAAACAGCUCUUUGUUUAUUUCCCAUUAAACAAAUGUCAUCCAAUCAAAUUCUUUUGAUCGUUUUAGUGUUGAAAUAGUGUAUGCACAUUGAACUACACAGCUAUUAGAUAUUCACAGUUGCCUGGACUAAGGUGUAAACCAACGGCAUGCCACAUGGGUGUUCAAACACCUAAAAAAUGAUUAAUCCUUAACAGAAAUGUCCAGCAUCAGAGUUACAGGGGGUUGAAAUAGGUUAAAGCAUAUCAUUGUUUGGUAUUGUUAAAUCGGUGUUGUAUUUAAAAAAAAGCAAAGGAAUGCAGUGGAAAGUUUUUAAUGCUAUUUUACACAAACUCCACAUAAACCGCUGGCGAAUCAACGGCAUUUCCUUAUGAGCGAGGGGGUCAGGUUGCAUCGUUUAGGUAUGGAAUCGCUAUAUUUUCAUACUUUUGCAGAUUUAUUUUACAGAAGAGCAUGUUUUGUCUAAAUGUAGGACUAGUUGUGUUUGGUUAAUGGACGUGUUAGUUGAGUGGUGUUGGUUAGUCCAUUGCUUGUGUUCAUGGAGGAUGUGUCAACUAGCCAGGACUCGAUAGCAAAGUCAUAUAAUUUUUCCCAGUCGAAGCCAAGAAAUCCCCUUAUGCAGCCAGGUUUACUCUACUGGCGUCUAAAUUUCUUCUGUAGGUUGCCCUGAAGCAGUUUAUCGACUGUUUCUCAAUGGUGAAAUUAUAUGGUUCGGCUGUAGACUCCGGGUGUCAAUCAAAGGUGGAAUUUAUUGAUUUGUGUUGUAAUGUACACCUUUUAGUGCCUAAAGGUUAAUUGCCUUGGAAUGUUCACAAUCUAAUGUGUUAAGUGUUUGUACAUAAUUGUAAAUAUAUGCGUGGCGUUUUGUUGUCCGUAUUUGUUGUCAGGCUCGUCCUACAUCAUGCUCAUCUCUCUGUAGUCUUCGUCGUAUACUGUUUUAAAAGAUAAGUAAACAUCUGAUUGAUUGAUGCCGCAGUUUUCUGCUGGAUGCACAUUGUCAUAGGCAGCUAGUUACAACACUGUUUGAACCGAAACAGCUCGAAUACUGGAAGAUAGAUGAAACCUUGCCGUUUUCAAAACUUUAUACAGUGAUAUUGAGACAUUUGAUACAUUUAUAUGGCACAGGAAGUCAGAGCACACUUAAAAAAAAA